AUGUCCCUUCCUCCAGGAACUGCCCCCGUAAAACAACAAUUCCUGUUGUCCCCUACUGCCCUUCCUCUAGUCGAUGAUGAUGCAGCAGAAGGUUCAACAGCUCAUACCGGAGCACCACGGGCACGGGUGGCCGGCAAAAAAUGGACCAAGGCGCAAAAGAAGGAAAAGCGUGGUGCGAAUAAGGGUCGCAAGUUUGGCAAGGUACACGAUCAGCUCGAGCUGUGCUGGAGAGUCGCAAAUGGGAAAGUAUGCGAGCAUGGAGAUGAAUGUCGCUUCACGCAUGACGUCGACUCAUAUCUGGCAGCAAAACCAAGGGAUAUUCGUUUCCCUUCGAUUCCGAAGAUAUCAGAUGUCGCUCCUUUUAUCAUGGGCAUGGAGGAAGAUGGUUCUACAGCCGACGAUAGCCUUUCCUCGCUCGAUCAACACACAUCGUGCCCCUCUUUUGGAGAAUCGGGAUUCUGUCGUCUAGGACUCAAGUGUCGCUUUCUCGGAGCUCAUGCUAAGUGUGAUGUCACCGGGGUGAUCACGCUCGUCGAAGAUGAGGAGAAGAGGGCUCAGACCGCGCUAAGCUCCACGGAACUCAAUUUUGUUAGUGCAGACACCUUAAAACUGCUUAGAUCCAAGAAGUACCCUAGGCCAAUAACUGACGCAUACCUCAAAGAACUGGAAGUUGCCAAAGGAGACUUCAAUGGACUGGAAGAAGGCGCGGAUGUCGGUGCAGAUAACGUGGCCAUGGAUGCACCUAAUGUUCUUCCACCUGAUCCAUCAGAACUCACCACAAAACGCACUGGGGCUUCUGAUCCCAGUGCUCAGACUGAUACUCCAGAUGUUCUGCCUCGCUUAUCAGAAAAGCGAAGGCUGGACUGGAGUGGUAAAUUAUAUCUCGCGCCGUUAACAACGGUCGGCAACUUGCCAUUCAGACGCCUCUGCGUUACCCUCGGAGCGGACAUAACAUGUGGUGAAAUGGGCCUUGCGACCUCAUUUCUCACCGCUUCUGCAUCUGAGUUCUCGCUCGUCCGGCGGCACCCGUCGGAGAGCAUCUUUGGAAUUCAGCUCGCAGGGAAUAAGCCCAGCACAUUGGUCCCAACCGCCGAAGUCCUUGGGCGCGAAUUUGGUGAUGCGGGAGGUAUAGACUUCGUCGAUGUGAACUGUGGAUGUCCGAUCGAUCUUGUCUUCAAAAGCGGAAGCGGAAGUGCUUUACUGGAUGCACCAGCAAAACUUGGCAAAAUUGUCACAGGGAUGUCCAGAGCGUUGGGCGAGAUUCCAGUUACAAUCAAGCUUCGGACAGGCGUCAAGGAUGGUCGUAAUAACGCACAUAAAAUCAUGCUGCGCGCUGCCACGGAAUGGGGGGUUGGUUGUAUUACACUUCAUGGCCGUACGCGCCAACAACGCUACACGAAAUUGGCUGAUUGGGAGUACAUAAAACAAUGUGUUGAUGCCGUGCGGGCUCGAGAGGCGGACAAGGGUCUAUCUCCGAUCCCCAUUUUCGGCGGUGGCGAUUGCUUCUCAUCGCAUGAUUACUGGACCAAUGUUUCAUCCACUGGCGUGGACGGAGUCAUGAUUGGACGGGGAGCACUCAUCAAACCAUGGAUUUUCACGGAAGUGAAGGAGCACCGAGAAUGGGAUAUCAGCUCGAGGGAGCGAUUACAGUUAAUUGGCAAGGUAACCUUCCUUCUGUACAUCAUCAGUCACUUUGGUACAGACACAACAGGUGUGAACACGACACGCCGAUUCCUCUGUGAAGCGCUUUCAUUCCAAUACCGUUACGUCCCUAUCGGGUUACUCGAGCGACUCCCGGCCAAGAUCAACGAUCGAGCACCAGCGUUCAAAGGAAGGGAUGAACUAGAAACACUCCUUGCAAGUCCGAACAGCCAAGAUUGGGUAAAAAUCUCGGAGAUGUUCCUCGGUCCUGCGCCCGAAACGUGGUCGUUUACACCGAAGCACAAGAGCAAUGCACAUGGUGAGGAAAGCCAGGGAUGA